AAUGUCAUAGAACAAGCUGAGAAAUGAGCCUCUCUCUCUCUCUCUCUCUCUAUCUCUCUCUGUUGCUCUCUUUGGGUUAGCUGCAGAAGCGAGCUGAAGGUGCGUAUAAAUUCUGGUGAUGAGAGAGAAUCGAAGCCUUGAUGCAAAAGUUGGGCCCAUGCCACAGGAUGCCUAGCUGAUAUACAUGCACAAGCCAGGACUGAAAUUGUUGUCUUAUUGCGAUUCAGUGGAUGCGCAAUCUGUGAGGAUCUCUUCACAUGUUUGAUCAUAUUUUAGUGGACGUCCGGUUAGAUCUGUGUGGAUCGAGGGUCGCGGUGCAGCCGACGGCGAGAGUGACCGGGAUUGCACGAUGGUCAAGCCAGAUUUUACACAAUGUCGGCUCCGGAAAUUUUUGGGUAGAUUCAGUCUUAACUCGAAAACGACCGGCUUUUCGCUUAAGAGAGCGACUGCUACCUUAUUCCUCGUGAUUCUCCCACUGGUAUUGCUUGUGACUUUAUUACAUGAACUUUCGGGGCUCCGCACAGGCAUCUGGCUUUCCACCUCACGGUCUCAGGCUCAAGGUCCACGCGAGUCUUCAGAAACAGCAAGAAAAUUCCUCAGUCGAGCGCAUGGUCAAAAUCCGAAGAGGUUAUCAGAUGAAACUUAUCCACUGCAGCGCCCUCUGAAUCCGAAAACUGUUAUGUCAACUGUAUUUUUACGGGAGAGUAACAUUAAUGCUAGCAAGUUCGACCUUAGACGGGGAGAGAUUCGUGCCUACCGACCACAUGGAGUGGCGGCGCAUUUCUUUUUGCAACUUGGGACGUACCGGAGCAGCCCAAGAGCGUUCUCCACCGCCGGGAGCAUUCAACGAAGUUUUGAAGACUGGUUUAAACCUCGGUUUCAGUGCGAGUGGAUCGGCAGUAAUGGGACAGCGGUAAGGGCUAAAGAGGCAAAAAAGAUUAGACCAGCACAAUCCUUUAAAGGUUUCUACGAUUCCCUCAUCAUCAUCUGCCAUUUCGAUGAAGACGUGGGAACAGAUGGGCUUGGAGGCAAGCUCUACAUGAAGUACUGGCACCAAGUCGACAAGUACCGAACUCCCGAGACCUUUCUGGCUCUCGUCGAAGCUCCUUCCGAAUACAACGCUAGCAUGUUUGAGCCUCCGUUUGCAUACGACAUUGUCUAUUGCGGCUCUCCCAUUUACGGAGACAUUAGUCCGCAACGAGUUCGCGAGUGGGUGGCUUACCACACCUACGUCUUUGGCAAUCGCUCCCACUUUAUCUUGUACGAUGCAGGUGGAUUCCACGAUGACGUGCAGAAGGUGUUGGAGCCAUGGGUGAAGCUGGGCCGCGUCACUGUGCAGAAUAUUCAGCAGAUCGAAAUGUAUCCCGCUUACUACCACCACCAACACACGGUCGUCAACGACUGCCUGAUGAAGUCCCAGUUCCUGGCCAACUGGACCUUCUUCUUCGACAUGGACGAGUAUUUGUUCGUGGAACCUCCUCACUCCAUCACCAAGUUACUCGAGGAAAAAACCCAGCAGGAUGUCUCCGUGAUCAGAUACACUGGAAAGCGGAUGUCAACUUCGAUGUGCAGCCUGCCCAAAGCAAAUGUCGAUAACGCCACUCGCGAUGCGAUCAAUUCCAAAUUGUGGGGCUUCGAGAAAUUUCUCCUCCACUGGCACUGGGAGCAUGGCCCAAGGGACCCCAAGUAUGCCGUCCAGGCAAGACACAUGUGGGCGGUGGAGAUUCAUAACGCUGUCUUGGCUAGGCGUGGCCAGAAUCGGCUCCUGCAAUACAGAGACCACAUCUGGUUCCAUCACUUCCAUGGAUUCAUAAUCAACCGCGCCGAGGGGUGCCGCGACUUCGUUGAAGCGUCGGAGAACAAGGCAAUCGCUGUCGGCAAGAGCCAAUACUCCGGCGACUACACCAUUGCUCGCCUUGCCAAGGACAUCAAACAGUUUGAACAAGCCAUGGUGGGAAAGCUACCAUUCAUCUUGUAAUCUAGAAUCCAUUUCUACCACACAUCCUUACUGUCUUUAUUUCUGGAAAUUGGCUGAGCUUGUCACUGCCUGACCUCCGAUCAGAAGAAGCUCAGGGGACCCUUCCUCGGUGGCCCGGCAAAGUUCAGAUUGAGGAACUAACAGUGUUUAUUUCUGUAUGGACGAGGUGUUCAUAUGAGAUGGGAAUACCAAAGCAGUCGUGAUGAUCAAGGUGUUGGCGAAAUAAGCGCCUAGGGUUUCCCCCAUACUAGGGCUGAUACUUGGCGGAUACCUAGCUGAUACAAGGAUGAACUUAAUACCUACAGUGAUCAACACAGUAAGUGAGAUAUGUUCGAGGAUGGACUCAGCAUAUUUACAAGAAUAGAAUGCAUGUGAACUUUCUCAAACGUAUUGUGUUCAGAAUGUAUAAAUGUUUUCUCAACUUGGAUAAAAACAACUCUCUCUUAUUACGCAA